GCGGCAGCGCCCGCCCCCGGCCCCGCUCGGCGCGGCGCGGCGCGGCUCGGUUCAACGCGGCUCAGCGCGGCUCGGCUCGCAGCAGCGCGGAGGCUCCGCCGCACCAUGCCGGGGCCCCGCGGGCUCUGCCUGCUCGCCCUGCUGCUGGGCAGCCCCGCGGCCCCGCGCCCAGACAGCGGAUCAGGGACAGCGCUGGUCCCCGCCAGCCCGGACCCUCUGGCUGCAGAUGAGCUGGUGGACAAGGCGGUUGGCGGAGCCGGGGAGCUCGGGCACGUCACUGCCCUCAACCUGCUGCCGGCCGCAGAGGACAGCACCGAGCCGGCGGCGGAGGAGACGACGCUGCUGGUGCAGAGCCACGUCGUGCCAGUGUCCACCGCCGCCCCCGACACUGAUGCAAAACAAACUUUCCCUGUUAAGAAAAAGCCACCUACUCUAAAGCAAGUAAAUACGGCAAGGAAGCACCCGAGGCCCAAGCCCACCCUGCCAGGGGCCCCCCGGGCUGCUUCCCCCGCCAGCCCGCUGGGCUCCGGGCUCCCCACCGCCUCCCAGGAGCCGCGCACGCCGGCAGAGGCAGCAGCUGGGGUGGGGGGUGUGGAGCAGAGCCCCCCCGAGCUGCCCUGGGGGGGCUGGGCCACCACCAGCCGCCCCGUGCUGCAGAUCUCCCCGUCCACCCUGCCGCUGGCGGCCCCUCGGCCCUUCCCGGGUACCACGGGCGAUGCCAGCGAAGCUCCGACCGCGGCUCCCACCGGCGUCGCCGUUAACCGGACGAGCGGCACGGGGAGAGAGGCGCCCGGCUCCGAGGCGGAAGAGAGCCAAGAAACCACCACGUCCACCAUCAUCACCACCACCGUCAUAACCACGGAGCCCGCGCCGGUCCUCUGCAGCAUGAGCUUCCACGACCCCGAGGGCUACAUCGACUCCACAGACUACCCCCCGCUGCCCCUGCACAGCUACCUGGAGUGCACCUACAACGUCACCGUCUACACCGGCUACGGCGUCGAGCUCCAGGUGAAGAGCGUGAACCUGUCUGACGGGGAGGUGCUCUCCAUCCGCGGCGUGGACGGCGAUACCCUCGUGGUGCUGGCCAACCAGACCUUGCUGGUGGAGGGGCAGGUGAUCCGCAGCCCCACCAACACCAUCUCCGUCUACUUCCGCACCUUCCAGGACGAGGUGGUGGGGACCUUCCAACUCCACUACCAGGUGUUUAUGCUGAGCUGCAACUUUCCACGGAGACCUGACUUCGGAGAUGUCACCGUGAUGGAUUUGCACUCCGGUGGAAUUGCUCAUUUUCACUGUCACCUGGGCUACGAGCUGCAGGGCCCCAGGGUGCUUACGUGCAUCAAUGCAUCGAGGCCGCACUGGAGCAGCCCAGAGCCGAUCUGCUCAGCGCCCUGCGGCGGGACGGUCCACAAUGCCACCAUCGGCCGCGUCCUCUCGCCCAGCACCACCGGCAACCAGUCGAGCGGCAUGUACUGCGUGUGGGCGAUCGGGGCCCCCCCGGGCCAGAAGCUCCACCUACACUUCGAGAAGCUCCUGCUGACCGAGAAGGACAGGAUGGUGGUGUACAGCGGGGACACAAACCAGUCCGCUGUCCUCUACGACUCGCUGCGUGCCGACAGCGUGCCCUUCGAAGGGGUCAUCAGCGACGGCUCCUCCAUCAGGAUCGACUUCCUCGCAGAGGAGCCCGCGGCCGCCACGGCUUUCAACAUACGCUUCGAAGCCUUCGAGCGGGGCCACUGCUACGAGCCCUACAUCCAGAACGGGAACUUCACCACCUCUGACCCCACCUACAACCUGGGCACCACGGUGGAGUUCACGUGUGACCCCGGGCACUCCCUGGAGCAGGGCCCCGCCGUCAUCGAGUGCGUCAACAUGCGGGACCCGUACUGGAAUGACACGGAGCCGCUGUGCCGAGCCAUGUGUGGGGGGGAGCUGACCGCCAUGGCCGGGGUGAUCCUGUCCCCCAACUGGCCGGAGCCCUAUGCGGAGGGGGAGGACUGCAUCUGGAGGGUCCACGUCGGCGAGGAGAAGCGGCUCUUCCUGGACAUCCAGCUCCUGAACCUCACCAACAGCGACAUCCUCACCAUUUACGACGGGGACGAGCUCACUGCUCGCAUCCUGGGGCAGUACGUGGGCAGCAGCGGUCCCCAGAAGCUCUACUCCUCCAGCCCCGACCUCACCAUCCAGUUCCACUCAGACCCUGCCGGGCUCAUCUUCGGGAAGGGGCAAGGAUUCAUCAUGAACUACAUAGAGGUGUCCCGCAACGACUCCUGCUCCGACCUGCCCGAGAUCCAGAACGGCUGGAAGACCACGUCGCACACGGAGCUGGUGAGAGGGGCCAAGAUCACCUACCAGUGCGACCCCGGCUACGACAUCGUGGGGAGCGACACCCUCACCUGCCAGUGGGACCUCAGCUGGAGCAGCGACCCCCCCUUCUGUGAAAAGAUUAUGUACUGCACGGACCCGGGGGAGGUGGAGCACUCGACCCGCCUCAUCUCCGACCCGGUGCUGCUGGUGGGGACCACCAUUCAGUACACGUGCAACCCCGGCUUCGUGCUGGAGGGCAGCUCGCUGCUGACCUGCUACAGCCGCGAGACGGGGACGCCCAUCUGGACCUCGCGGCUCCCGCACUGCGUCUCCGAGGAGUCGCUGGCCUGCGAUAAUCCAGGACUGCCAGAAAACGGCUACCAAAUACUUUAUAAACGCCUCUACUUGCCAGGAGAGUCCCUGACCUUCAUGUGCUAUGAGGGCUUUGAACUCAUGGGGGAGGUUACCAUCAAAUGCAUCCUGGGCCAGCCAUCCCACUGGAGCGGGCCCCUGCCCAUCUGCAAAGUGAAUCAAGACAGCUUUGAACAUGCUCUGGAAGUAGCAGAAGCUGCUGCAGAGACAUCGCUCGAGGGGGGAAAUAUGGCGUUAGCCAUCUUCAUCCCGGUGCUGAUCAUCUCCUUGCUGCUGGGAGGAGCGUACGUCUAUCUCACAAGGUGUCGGUACUACUCCAGCCUCCGCCUGCCCCUCAUGUACUCCCACCCCUACAGCCAGAUCACGGUAGAAACGGAGUUCGACAACCCAAUUUAUGAGACAGGGGAAACAAGAGAAUACGAAGUUUCGAUAUAAGGACAGCGGUAAGAGAGUCUCCGGCUGCGAACUUAAUGUGCUCUCAUAGAACUUCCUCAGUAACUAAUCCAGAGACCACGUGGAGUUUGGUUGGACCCCUGGACCUGCUGUUGUCUUUCCUUUAGCCUCUUUAUUGAAGAUUUUACUGUUUUCUUCACUGUAUUUAUUCUAUUUAAACUGCGAUAGGUGUGCUGCAGAGCUCUGGGCGCAAGCAGCAGCGGGAGCCGGGGCAGAGCCGGGUCCCGGCGAGGCCAGGGCGGUGUGGGGGCACCCGCUGUGUGUGUCCCCCCCACACACACACACAACGGCGCAUCCCCCGGCACUGCCCACACACACGCACGGGGGGGGGGCGGGAUUUUUGCAGUUCUGGUGUUGUUAAAAAUUAAAAAUGUCUCCAUUGCAAGAGCCUGCAGUUGAUUGCUGGGAGCUGAGGUAGGCGCAGGGUUUGCCGCAGGGUCUCGCCGGCGCUGCCAGCCCUCCCCAUCCCGCAGCUCCUGGCUCCCCUCGCCUCGAGUGGGAGCUGCAGCCAGGGGCUCGGGUGUCACCGGCUCCGGUGCCACCGGCGCAGGGACGGUCCUUGCUGCGGGGAAGCGGAGUGUGGCUCAGGAAAGCUGCCGGCCGGCGCAGAGCCCUGCUUGCUGCGCCGGGGAGCAAGGGGACGGCCCGGCACACACGAGGUACACGCCGCUUUCUUUUCCCGCUUUGCUUUGAAUGCCAGAGAGGCAGCGAGCCAGGACUCACAGCUCUACGCAGAAGCAUUAACCAGUGACCCCCCAGCAGCCCCGCGGAGCCGUGGGGACCCCCCCUGCAGCGCCGGGGAGCUCCGCAGCCGGUGCCUCUUUGCUCACGCCAGUUGUUCCUCUUUAGUGACACUUACCGUGACCCCUGCCAGGAAAACCCCGUUCCCGCUAACAGCCGGAGGUCACCCCUUACCCCCGCCCCGGGUAGCAUCUCAGGGUAAGCAGGACGGAGUGGGCUCCCCGCCACCGCUCCCCCCGGCUGCGGAGCUCCUCGGCGCUGCAGGGAGGAUCCGCUGCCUACCCCGGCGUGCGGGCAGCCGCGCCGGCACGGAGCUGGGCAGAGAUCGAGGCAGCGCAGCCCACCCGGCAUCUCCCACCCAGCCCCCCCCGUGGGGCUGCAGCUCCCACCCACAGCCCCCCGGGGUUGGCACCUAGGUGGGGCUCGCAGCUGGGCAGGAGAGGGAGAGGGGCAGGGGAUGAAAUCGGAGGUUGACGGGGGAAGGAAAGGCAAGCAGGCAGCGUGGCCAGGCUCCGGCACAGGAGACCAGCCUGUGGGGAGCGGAUCAGGCUGAAAUCAGCCUCUUGGAACUGGUCCCAGUGCAGGCAAACCCCAGUUUGAGCCUCAGCAUCCCCCUGCGCUCCUUCGCUGCCUUCACCCCUGCCAGAGCCAGACACCAGCGGGGCUGCCCCCCUGUCCGUGAGGACACGGACCCCAAAGGGCCAUCUCCUCCCCCCACACACCGCCGGCCCCCCAGCCAGGCCUUGGGGAGGACAACGAAGCCACCGAUGUGUCCUUGGCUGCUGGCGUCUUUCUUCUGUCCUUGUAGAACAGCAAUUGUAACCACGGGAGGCUGGUUUAGUUUUGGGAUGGUUAGUGCAUCUCCGCAGUGUACAGCUGAGACUUAGGUUUUUUCCUUUAAAAACAAUGAAUGUGUGUUUGUAAUUUGUAAAGGUUAAAAAAAAAAUAGAAAAAAAAAAUGUGCCAAAAAUGUACUAAGCAUUUCAUUUCCCUUCAUACAUGUCUGUUUUUAUAAGAACAAUGUGAAAAUUGCUGGGAUUAAAUAUUUUUGAACAUGAUAAUCUACUUCCGUGGGAAGCUCUAGCAUUCAGUCUAACCUCAAUACAAAUCGUUCUGUAUUUUUAAA